AAUUAAUUUAGAAACUUCGUACAAAAUGUCGAAAGUAACAUUCAAGAUUACCUUGACUUCGGACCCAAAGUUGCCUUUCAAAGUAUGAACAGAAGCUGACCACUGCCAAGAGAAUGGCUGUUGAACAAUUCACUGACUUUAUGAACGAUUUUCUUUACCUAUGUCAGUUAGACGAUUGGCCCAACAAUGAUACAACUGAACUUGAGUUAAGGAAUGCCUUUUUAAUGGCUCAGCAUGUUGUAAAUUGCUUAGAUAUGUUACAACAGAAGUCUGUGAUUAGUGAAUUUAUCUCAAAAUUAAAUACUGAGAAUAUAUCUCAUGUUCUAUUAAAGAGAUGUUUAGAAGAUCCACCAAAGUAUAUAAUGAAAAAAAUCAUUCAAUCAUCAUGUAAAACAAGUAUAAUGGAUGUAGGAUUUAAAUUGUAUGUAGAAUUAUUCUCUGAAGUGAAACUGGAGGCUUGUUUGAGUGAUCUAUUUUUAGAAACUGCAUCAAAAGAAACAUUAUUAACAAACAUUGCUAAAGAGUUCCCAAAAAAUAAUGUUUUGAAAUUGAAAAGUGAAUUUUUCCUUUCGGAAAUUAGUAAAAGUGAUUUUGAAGAAUGUAAAACAAUUAUUAAAGAUAUGUUCAGCAAAGAUAAUGAAUCAAUACAAUUAUUAGUUAUAUGUUUAUUAAAUAAAGACACAAAAUACAUAAAUGGUGUAAAAUAUAUUAUCGAUAUAUUUAAAAAUGUAAUGCAAUGCAGGGAUGUAAAAUAUAAAAGUUUCUGGAGAUGUUUAUAUACAUUACGGGAAAACUACUUAGUAGAUUUUUGUAUAGAAAAUAAUGAUUUAUUUCAUUUAUUAUCAAAAGCUUUAAUAGAUUGUGGGAAGUUAUUGAAAGAAAACAUGUCGGCUGAAUAUUUUUAUAUAGAUUUAACUUAUUCUGAACUGCAAAGUAUGUUACGGAAGAUCUGUCAAAAUGAAGAAUUGAAAAUGGAGUUUCUAGAACAAGUGGAGAAUACAUGUGACAUAGAUUUCUGGAAUAAUAUAUUGUUAUAAUGAUUAUUUAAUAUUUGAAGUAUUAUUUUGACUUGCCUAUAGCUCUAUCAGCAUGUAAUUAAGGUUCUGUGUCAAGUUAAUGAUAUGAGAUAAUGAGCGUCGGUGGCUCAGUGGAUUGAACACUUGACUUGUAAUCUACAGGUCUUGGGUUCGAAUCCCGCCAUG